CAGUUGCUCCCAAGCCAAAGACUACCAGCCCCGUCAGACUACUCACCACACCCAAAUUCCCUUCAUCACCCCCACCUGACAGUCUCCACAGUCCAAACUCUAUGUUCAGGGGCCCAAAGCCCCCCAUCGCCCCCAAGCCCAGGCUGGGUGCUCCCCACGAGUGGCGAGCCAGCGUGUAUAUCAACAACAGCUUAAACAAAUGCAGCAAUGGGAAGCUGCUCUGCGUAGACAGAGGGCUUUACGAAGGGCACCAGUCCAACCUGGAGUGCUCUGAGUCAGAAGUGGAUGAGGACUACAUCGUGGCCCCCCAAGCUGCCCUCAGAGAGGGCCAGCUAGUGGAUGGGGGCUCUGUGGAGGAUGACGCCCUGGUGCCUCCAGCUGUUCUUGGGGACGAGGAACCCAUGGAGGAGGGAGAUGAGUGUGACGUGGAGGGGAUGGGAGCCAGCGAGGACGUGGCAGCCCUGGCUGAAGCGGAAGUGAGUGGUGAAAGUGAUGGAAGUGUGGACCAGGCUCUGGAGAGCGCAGCUGGGGAGGAGGACAGCAAGGAGGCAGGAGAGCCAGAACUCCCACAACAGGAAGAGGUGAAGCUGGUCGAAGAACACGAUGCAUCUAACUGGGAGGACAAGGGACCUUGGGACAAAGAGGAGGUCUUCGAGAAUGCUAUCAUCCUGACCCAGGUUGAAUCGGAGGAUCCAGUGGCCCCUGUUGAGGCACCCACCCUCCCUGAGACCCCCCUGGGGCUGGAAGAGGACAGCAGGGAAGACUGUGCCAUGGCAGAAUCAGGGGACCCAGAUGCGGAAGUGGAUCCCAACCCUCCUACGGAGGGGGAUGCUGCAGAUGCCAGUGAGGGGCCCCCUGAGGAGGAGGAAUUGGCCUCGGAUGUCCAGGGGGCAGAGGUGGCUGUCGAAAACCUGGACGUCCCUAAGGAGCUUGGCGAAGAUGCCACCGAGGGUGGUGGCCAGGCCGAUGAUGCUCAUCCCAACUCCGUGGAGAGCACCCGUCAGGAAGAAAUGGCAGUCGUCCAGGAGACGGAUGAGGACACUCAGAGAGGUGAGGACACUGUGCAGGUACAGGAGGAGGCUGCCGAGGAGAGCUGCCAUAUUGUUCCUUUUGAGAAUGACUCUGUCGACGGCUUUAUGGCUUCCCUCACUGGGAGCCCCUAUGAGUUCUUCCCGACGGAGACCAACCCCUACGCCAUGGGCGUUGGCCUUGCCUGCUGGGUAGGCCAGUGCGAGACGCAGGCCGGGCCCACUGCUCUGAGUGGUUACGGCAUGAGGGAAGAAAUGAACUCAGAUGUGGAGGGCAGCCUCCUCUCCCUCGACAGGAAAAACCUCAUCCCAAGAGUCCGGCCCCACUCCGGGAAGGUGGCUGGCUACGUCCCAGAAACUGUCCCAGAAGAAAUCGGUCCAGAAGCUGGGUCCACAACCCCUGGCAGUAGAGAGGCUGUUUUGGAGGUGAGAAAGACAACCCCGGAAGCCACCAGCCGCGCCUUGCCUGCCAAGCCCAGGGCCUUCACUCUGUACCCGAGGUCGUUCUCCGUGGAAGGCCGGGAGAUUCCAUUCUCCUUGUUCCACGAACCGGAGGCAUUAGACGACCGUCGGAUGAAAAGGGAAGAGAACCUUUCUCUGCCGUGUGUGAUUGGUUCUUCGGGAAGCUUCUCCCAGAGAAACCACCUGCCUUCCAGUGGCACAUCCACCCCCUCCUCCGUGGUGGACAUCCCGCCCCCUUUUGACCUGGCCUGCAUCACCAAGAAGCCCAUUACCAAGAGCUCGCCCUCUCUGCUCAUUGAGAGUGACUCCCCAGACAAGUACACCAAGAAGAAGAAGUCCUCCUUCAAGCAGUUCCUGGCGCUGACCUUUAAGAAGAAGACGGAGAGCAAAGUGCAUGUGGAGGUGAACGUGUCCUCCUCCCGCUCCUCCUCCGAGUCCAGCUACCACGGGCCUUCGCGGCUCCUGGAGAUGGACCGGAGAAGCCUCAGUAACUCGCCGCAGCUGAAGGCUAGGACAGGGAAGCUCCGGGCUUCCGAGUCUCCCUCCUCCCUCAUAUUCUACAGGGAUGGCAAGCGGAGAGGUGUCCCCUUCAGCAGGACGGUGUCCAGAGUGGAGUCCUUCGAAGACCGCUCUCGGCCGGCCUUCCUGUCCUUGCCACUGACCAAGCCACGGUCCAUCUCGUUCCCCAACGCGGACACUUCAGACUACGAGAACAUUCCAGCCAUGAACUCAGACUAUGAAAAUAUCCAGAUUCCACCCCGGAGGCCCACAAGGGCUGGGACGUUCACGAAGCUCUUUGAAGAUCAGAGCCGAGCUCUGUCCACCGCAAAUGAAAACGACGGCUAUGUGGACAUGAGCAGCUUCAACGCCUUUGAGAGCAAGCAGCAGAGCGCCGACCAGGAAGCAGAGAGCGCCUACACAGAGCCCUACAAGGUCUGCCCCAUCUCAGCAGCAGCCCCCAAAGAGGACCUCGCAUCGGAUGAAGAGAAGGGAAGCUCAGAGGAGGAGGAGGAGGAGGAGAGUGCUCCAAGAGACCCCAGCCUCACCUACAAGGUGGAAGGACAGUCCAGAGCCCAGGCCAUUGCACAGGAACUGCUGUCUUCAGAGAAAGCAUACGUGGAGAUGCUCCAGCACUUACAUCUGGAUUUCCAUGGCGCUGUCGUGAGGACCUUGGAUGAAAUGGACCAAGAGGGCAGGGACCCAUUAUCCAGAGAGGCGCUGAGGCUGGGCCUGAGCCUCCUCCCAGCUAUCCACGACCUUCACCGAGGGAUGCUGGAGGAGCUAGAGCAGAGGCUAGAGCACUGGGAGGGCCAGCAGAAAGUGGCUGACAUCUUCCUGGCACGGGAGCUGGAGUUUGAGGCCCACGCGACUCACAUCCUGCAGUUCGACAGGUUCCUGGGUCUGCUCAGUGAGAACUGCCUCCACUCUCCACGGCUGGCAGUUGCUGUUCGAGUAUUCGAGCAGAGUCUGCAAGACCACGACCAGAGCGUGAAGCACCGGCUGCUGAGAGUGGUCCAGCGCCUCUUCCAGUACCAAGUGCUCCUCACAGACUAUUUAAAUAACCUCUGCCCGGACUCAGCUGAGUACGAGAACACUCAAGGUGCACUGGCCCUCAUCUCCAAAGUCACAGGCUGCGUCAACGACAACAUGGAGCAAGGGGAAAACCUGCAGAAACUGGUCCACAUUGAGCACAGUGUCCGUGGCCAAGGGGAUCUCCUCCAGCCAGGAAGGGAGUUUCUGAAGGAAGGGACGCUGAUGAAAGUGACGGGGAAAAGCAGACGCCCCCGGCACCUGUUUCUGGUAAGUACCUGGCUUUCACGCCAUGUCCCGGGGCUAGAGGGAAAGUCAUCCUUCCUCCCCACCCUAAUGGGGCUGCUGUUGGGUUUCCAGGUCAGCCGCCCUGUCAUGGACAAAGUGCCCUAUGCUCUGAGGAUCGAGACUCCCGAGUCCUGCCUGACCCUGUCUGCAAGCUCCUGUGCGGAGAGGGACGAGUGGUACAGCUGUCUCGGCAGGGCCCUUCCUGAAGACUACAAGGCGCAGGCCCUGGCUGUCUUCCACCACAGUGUGGAGAUGCGGGAGCGGCUGGGAGUGAACCUGGGGGAGAGGCCCCCCACCUUGGUGCCUGUCACACACGUUAUGAUGUGCAUGAACUGUGGCUGCGACUUCUCCCUCACGUUGAGGCGCCAUCACUGCCAUGCCUGCGGCAAGAUCGUGUGCCGCAACUGUUCUCGCAACAAGUACCCCCUGAAGUACCUCAAGGACCGGUUGGCCAAGGUCUGCGAUGGCUGCUACGGGAAGCUGAAGAAGAGGGGCGGGGACAUCCCAGGCCUGAUGAGAGAGCGGCCCGUGAGCAUGAGCUUCCCCCUGUCCUCACCCCGCUUCUCGAGCAGUGCCUUCUCAUCAGUAUUCCACAGCAUCAACUCCUCAACCUUCAAGAAACCGAAGAAAGUUCCUUCAGCCCUGGCUGAGGUGGCUGCCUCCGGAGAGGGCUCUGCCAUCAGUGGCUAUCUCAACCGGUAUAAGAAAGGCAAGAGACACUGGAAGAAGCUGUGGUUUGUCAUCAAAGGCAAAGUUCUCUACACCUACAUGGCCAGUGAGGACAAGGUGGCCGUGGAGAGCAUGCCUCUGCUAGGGUUCACCAUUGCUCCAGAGAAGCAAGAGGGCAGCAGUGAAGUCGGACCCAUUUUUCACCUUUACCACAAGAAAACUCUAUUUUAUAGUUUCAAAGCCGAGGAUACCAAUUCAGCUCAGAGAUGGAUUGAAGCCAUGGAAGAUGCCAGCGUGUUAUAGCAGUUACCAAGGACGGACUCAGAAUAAACUCUUGGGUUGAUGUGUGGACUUUGUUAGCUGGCCCAUGUCUCACUUCCUCUGGACAUGUAUCUGGAUUCAGCAUAGGAAGAACUCUUUUUUUGGCCUCCUCCUUGCUCAUACCUUCACAAGUGGAACCUUCAAGAAGUAUUUACAGACCUGUCCUUUGUCUUCAUGUUUUCCACCCUGUCAAAACUGAUGUCAUCAUCCAGCAAAGAGUAACAUGAAGACAUGCGAACCAAUAAAAAAGUACAGUCAGAAAGACAGGCUAACAGUAGAAAUGAGCGCUUAGUUUUUACUGAUGGUAAAUAGUAUCCCCUUUCAUAUUGUGGUUUGUGCGCCUCAGGUGACAUGAGAAACCACCAGGAAAUAGCAGCCACUCUCAAUGAAAGCACUUUAUUGUUUGAGCAUCAACCUCCAAUUUAAACAACACACAGGGUUUACUGUACCAAGGGUCCACAUAGCUGCACAUGGCUUGCCCUCUGGUUAGAGGUUAUUUGGAAAGCUUUCCGACUAUGGGGGGGUGGGCCACGCUCCCCUGGAUAGAAAAAGAGCUUUAUCUUCUUAGUGAUCAUGCCCUCUGUACCCAGACAUAACUUACUGAGACUCUCUUACAUUGCCAUCCUCAAUAACCCACCAGUGCUGGGAACUCAGCUGCUGGUAGAUGCAGGUCACCGCCACCCUCUCAAGAGUUCAAAUCCAUGUUAAUUUAUUUGUGUGUGUGCCUUCCUGCUGUACCCCACACAAGUGACAACACUGUGUAAGAGAAUACUUAUUGUAGGCACAGCAAUCUUUCUAUGGAGCCCCUGACUGGUAGACACUUGACUGUUAACACAAAAGUUGGAUGUUCAACUCCACCUGGAAAUUUCUCAGAAGUCUUGGCAAUUUACUUCUGAACCAGCCAGUAAAAACCCUGUGGAUUAUAGAAAAAGCAAGAUACAACUGCAGGUGAAUCUGUGGACUGCAGAAGAUGCUGGACGCCAUGAAGGGAGUGUAGAAGCAUGGCUUAAAAAUAUUCUGAGUGCCAGUGACUGUUGCUCAUUCUGCUGGACUGUUUUUAACAUAAAGCAGGGGGUAAGGAGGUAGGAUUCCUUGUUACUCUCAUUGCAAUAAAAAAAAAAUCCUAUCAUUUCCUGA